CGGUAGAGUCAUCGGAAACAUCAGGAAACCAAGGCCAUCUUCAUCUCAAUAGACCAUUUCCACCGCUCUGCUUCGCCCAAGCUCCGACCUGAUCGCAUAGCAACUCAUAUUCAUACAACAGUGGUCCACACCAUGUCGGUACCAUUCUUGCCCGCAAUUGACCUGGCACAAGGCCUCAAUGCCUCUACAGGACUUAGCGCCGCCAGCCUUGGUCACGUCGGCGCCGUCUACGCUGUCGCAACCCAGCAGACCAUCGAUGCCGCCUUCGACCACCUCAAACAGACGGCCACCCGCUUCGGCACCUUCUUCGACUGCACAAAGCUAGAAUCCACCGACGACAUCCUGUCACUGCUCGACGCCGGCGCAGUCAAGGUCUUUGUUUCAAGUUCACAACUCCAAAACAUUCAGAACAAGAAUGUCGACGCCUCACGACUAGUCCUCUCGCUCGCCGGUGCUGGUAACUCAGUAUUGGAUGUGCUCCAGGGCAACGAGGUUGGAAUCUACCUUGCUGGUAUCGCCGAUGUCACUGCUGUCGAGAGCUUGCUCGAAGCCUACGGAUCCAACAGACCACCCGUCUACGUCUCGCUGGCCCAGCCCACCCUCGAGAAGGCCCUCCAGAUCGCCCACAUCAACGCUACCCCCGUCAUCGCUGCUCAGCACCUGACCGUCGACCCCAAGAACCAGUCCAGCCUCAUUCCCGCCGCCCCUCUCCUUCUCGCAAACGCUACCACCGACAGACCCGACGGUCUUUUCACAACCCUUGUCACCGAUGAGCGUGGCGUCGCCCUUGGUUUGGUAUACAGCAGUGAGGAGAGCAUUUCUGAGAGUUUGCGCACAGGCCGUGGUGUCUUCAACAGCAGGAAGCGUGGUCUUUGGUACAAGGGUGACACCAGUGGAGACAUCCAAGAGUUGAUCCGCAUUGACAAGGACUGCGAUGGCGAUGCUCUACGUUUUAUCGUCCACCAGAAGGGCAGAGGCUUCUGCCACCUUGCAACCCCCACAUGCUUCGGCGACUACGCUGGCUUGUCGCGUCUUGAAAAGACUCUUUCCAGCCGCAAGCGUUCUGCUCCCGAAGGCUCCUACACCGCUCGCCUUUUCAACGACCCCAAGAUGCUGUCAGCAAAAAUCCUCGAGGAGGCACAAGAGUUGGUUGAUGCAACGGACAAGGACAAUAUCGCUGCUGAAGCUGCCGACGUCAUCUACUUUGCUCUGACCAAGUGCAUUGCCAACGAUGUUUCUCUCGAGGACAUUGAACGUAACCUGGAUGCUAAGAACCUCAAGGUCAAGAGGAGAAAGGGUGAUGCCAAGCCUCAGUUCGCCGAGAAGGUUGGUAUGCAGGUCAACGGAGACAAGGAGAUGGUCAAGGAGGCCGCUUCGGUACCAAAGGCCAAGGAGGACCCUGCUGGCACCGUCGAUGGCAGAAUCAGCAUGCGCCGCUACUACACAACUAAGGAGACCAAGGACACCGUCCAGCAGGCUCUGCAGCGUCCCUCGCAAAAGUCGACUGACCGCAUCAUGGGUAUCGUCAACCCCAUCAUCGAGGGCGUCCGCAAGGGUGGUGACAAGGCUCUGCUCGAGUACACCCACAAGUUCGAAAAGGCUACUUCUCUCAGCACCACCGUCCUCAAGGCUCCUUUCCCUGAAAACCUCAUGCAAAUCGCACCUGAGACCAAAGAGGCCAUCGACAUAUCAUACGAAAACAUCCGCAAGUUCCACGCUGCACAGGAGACUGAGGACCUCCGUGUUGAGACCAUGCCCGGUGUUGUCUGCUCCCGUUUCGUUCGCCCCAUCGAGCGCGUCGGUCUGUACGUACCUGGUGGUACCGCUGUUCUUCCCUCGACCACACUCAUGCUGGGUGUUCCUGCCAAGGUCGCUGGUUGCAAGAAGAUCGUCAUCGCCUCUCCUCCUCGUUCCGAUGGCUCUAUCACUCCUGAGAUUGUCUACGUCGCCCACAAGGUCGGUGCUGAGAGCAUUGUCCUGGCUGGUGGUGCUCAGGCUGUUGCCGCUAUGGCUUACGGUACCGAGUCAGUCACCAAGGUUGACAAGAUUCUCGGCCCCGGUAACCAGUUCGUCACUGCUGCCAAGAUGAUUGUUUCCAACGACACUUCUGCUGGUGUCAGCAUUGACAUGCCUGCUGGUCCUUCCGAGGUUAUGGUCAUCGCUGACAAGACUUCCAACCCUGCCUUCGUCGCAUCCGACUUGUUAUCACAGGCCGAGCACGGUGUUGAUUCGCAGGUUGUUCUUAUUGCCAUUGAUAUGAGCGAGCAAGAGCUCCAGGCCGUCGAGGACGAACUUCACAACCAGGCUAUGGCUUUGCCCCGUGUUGACAUCGUCCGCGGUGCUAUCGCUCACAGUUUGACGCUGGUCGUCAAGACCCGUGAGGAGGCCAUGGAGUUGAGCAACUUCUACGCCCCCGAGCACUUGAUUUUGCAGGUCGAGGACGCCGAGGCCUACACCGAGACUGUUGAGAAUGCCGGAUCCGUCUUCAUCGGUCCCUGGACACCCGAGUCUGUCGGUGACUACUCUGCCGGUGUCAACCACUCUCUGCCCACAUACGGCUACGCCAAGCAAUACUCAGGUGUCAACCUCAGUUCCUACGUCAAGCACAUUACCAGCUCAAACCUCACAGCCCAAGGCCUUCGCAACGUCGGCAAGGCAGUCAUGCAACUCGCCAAGGUCGAGCAACUCGAGGCCCACAGACGUGCCGUCGAGAUCCGUAUGGAGCACAUGGACAAGCAGUAGAUUUGCCCGCUUCAUCCCGGAAAAUUCUGCCAUUACGAAUCAAUGCUGGAAAAUAUGUUUCCUAAAGCAUUGAUGGCUUUUUGGCUAGAUGGGCUUGCGCAUUGAAUGUUAAGAAGUAAUUCAUUAUGGAAAAGCGAUUGUUCUUUUUAGACUAUGGGUUGUUGCUUUUUGGUAUAGCAUUGGC